AUGUCAUUUCCUAGUUUAGAAUUCAAAAAAUCUGUCCUUAUAGAACAUUUUAAAUUUCUUGGAUUUUACGUAAAUGAUGGUAUAAAAUAUGGCAUAGAUUUUUUAUUGUACACCGACGAUCCUUCUAACGUACAUUCAAAAUACGGUGUACUAAUCGAAAAUAAUCAUUCUUUUUUUGAUUUAAUGAGUGUACAAAGGGUUUGUAAUUCAGUUAAAAAAGAAUUAAUAGUCGUUGUAUUCAAAAAUAGUACACAAUUUGAAUUAUUCUCUGUUGAAAGAUUUAUUGUUUGA